CAUGUUCUUUGCCUAAAGCUUUGAUCAGUUCAUGGGGCCGAUUUACAAUCCAAUAAAUAUAUCUUUUUCAAAACAAAAAUUAAAAAGAGAUUAUUUUUUCCAGAAGAAGAAGAAAAACAAUAAUGUUGAAGAACAUGGCUAAUACUCAAGAACAUCAGCUUUCUAUUGCAGACUUGGAGGAGAUGAACUUUAUUGCAAUGGAGCACUUCACAUGCUAAUAAUAAUGGGAUAUUAGUGCUACUAAAGUUCCCAUUGUUUGUCUGAAUUUGGAGUAUUUUAACUCAAUCUUGCACCAAAGGAAGAGAUGUCGAGCCCUCUCAGUGAUCAAAUUCUGAAUUUCUGUGAGUCUGAGUUGUUUCCAAAUGUACAGAAUUCAGAAGUUGCUUCUAGCUCAAAUUGUUGCAGCUAUGAGGAACAGAGUUCAUAUUCAACCAAUCUUGACAUGAACAAAUUCAAUAACACUAUUGAGAAGAAUGAAGAAACCAACAUCACCACAGUUACAUCUAAUAUUAGCCCUUCACGAACCAACAACAACAACAACAACAACAACAACGACAACAACAACAUUAACAACAACGCUCUCUCAAUAAUAUUUGAUUCUCAAGAAGAUCAAAUUGAGAAUGAUAUUUCAGCUUCAAUUGAGUUCACACAAGACGCGAACUUCUCAAUCCCUCAUCAUUUACUUAAUCCUCAACAAGAACUAUUCGACAUUAAUUCUCUCAACAAUCAACAUAUCAAAGUAACCGAUGUUUCUCAGUAUCCUCCUGAUCAUCCUCCACCUAUUGUUCCACUUAUGGGACCUCCAUUAGGACAUAUAUAUGAAGACGAAUCUUUGUCAUCAGUUCCUUCUUACAUGCGCGUUCCUACUACUUCUUCUUCUCCUUCUUGUCCUCUUCUUGAUCCUACGCUCGCAAACUACUUACCUUUAAACUCAAAUCCCACCAUGCCUGUUGCUGAAUCUUCAGCAAUACUUGCUGCUGCCACUACAGGAGGUGGCUUGUUUUUCGGUGCUGAGUUUCCACAAGUACAAGAAUUGGAAUAUCAAGGAGACAAUGGUAGAUUAUUCUGCCCUGAUGCCUUGCCAAGAGUUUAUAACUGCUCUAAUGAGCUUCAGGCACUCAGCAAUGAGAGUCAACAUUUGGUUAGUGCUACCGGAUGUUCUAACCCGUUGGCAUCAGAUAUAACAAAUUUGGAUGAUCCUUCCUUCAGUAAUAAUGUUGUCAAAUGCUCUCCUGAGGAGAGGAGGGAGAAGAUUAAUAGAUACAUGAAGAAACGAAACGAAAGGAAUUUCAGCAAGAAAAUCAAGUAUGCAUGCAGGAAAACAUUAGCAGACAGUAGGCCAAGGGUGAGAGGAAGAUUUGCAAAGAAUGAUGAAUUUGGGGAAGCUAAUAAGACAACUUCUUGUGGUACACAUGAAGAUGACACAAAAGAAGAUGUAAAACUCAAUCAUUUAUACCAUCAUGAUCCUAAUAUGAUUACUUCUUCAGGACAUGAUAAUAAUGGUCGGAUUUUCACUUCCAAUUGCCACUCAUCUAACAGUCCUUAUGAUAUUUGCCCCCCUCUGUAUUGCACAGAUGGCCAGUUGCACUAAUGAAUUCCUCAGCUGAACAAUUAGGUCUGGUGGUGAAAAAAAUCAAGAUGGAACUGGUGAAGUUAUAGGAUAUCAUUGCACAUACCCAUUGGUGUAAAUAACUUCAAUAAUUAGCAAAUACUUCAACCACCAAUCUUGGGUUUCAUCAGGCAGCUUUAAUUUGUGUAGUUUUCAAACAGCAAUUUAGUAUAAUGUGGGUCAUUUCAACAUUGAAGUCUAGUAAUAAUUCAAUGAAUAUCAUAGUGAAGAGAUGUAAAUUUUGUAAAUCUGUACUAUCACAAGUUGCAUUCUUGUCAAAUCACUUGCAUUUUUAUUA